AUGGCGUCGAAGAACACGGGCGAGCCCGAUGAGAUCACCGGCCAGAGCGCCCUUCCCAUUUCUCGAAUCAAGAAGAUCAUUCAACUCGACGAAGAUAUCGUACAAUGCUCCAACAAUUCGACGUUUGUCAUUGCUAUGGCUACCGAAAUGUUCAUUCAGAACCUCGCCGAACAAGCGUAUAACGUGGUCAAAUCAGAGCGCAAGCCGCGAAAGACCGUCCAAUACAAGGAUCUGGCUACGGCGGUUUCGCACAUUGAUAAUCUCGAGUUCCUCUCCGAUGUGAUCCCCAAGACUACGACAUAUAAACAAUUCAAAGAGAAGAAGGCAAAGGACGCAGCCAAGUCGGCCGAGAUGGAAAAGGGUCAGCGCACACUGAAUGGAAAUGGUGUACCUGCUGGCAAUACGAACGGUGCUCCAGCUGAAACGAUUCCCCGGGCGGAAGAGCCAACGACAUCGUCACCAUCGGUUCCUCGCACACCCGUGGUGCCCGUGAGUGCGCUGAUCACAGACCGGACGAUCGAGCCCUCGGUCCGCCACGACCCGGAUGUUGAAAUGCAGGAUUAG